AAUCUGGAGGUGAAAGGUCACGGUUUCACCGCGAGCGGAGCCCCUGUCGGUCGGUAACGGAACUGAAGUGAGGGACAUCAGCAGUACUGCUGUACAGGCUCCAUCUUGUGUACGUCACGAGGCGCCAUGAAUGUUCAAUAAGCACUCGGCAGGGCUCGACCGUGUGGUGGGCUCCACUCUAAUUCCUCGUCCUUGUGGCCGCAGGUGUUGAGGGACGAUGGAGAGGGAAUUCCACACCAUGGCGACCCAGGACCCGGUGAUGAUGGACCCUGUGAACGAGAGCUGUAAGAACUGCAGCGCCGUGAUGUGCGGGGGUUACGUCACCACCCUGGGCGGCGCUAUCCUGGUCACGGGAAUGAUCCUCAUGGCCAUCUCGUUCCCAAUCAACCACGACAAGGAGGAGGAGUUUCUCCGAGGCAUCAUCGGGAGCCUGCUGUUGGUGAUCGGGCUGCCGGUCCUCUGCUUCGGCUCGUGGCUGUACUGCAGCGACAGGUGCCGGCGGAGGCGCAGACACGAGGCCCCCUCGGUCGUGGCGUACCGCGUGCCGCCCCACGGCGUCAGUGCAGCGGACCGGGCGGGCAGGUACGGCCCGUACCCCGCCAGAUCCGGCGGGGACGUCCGCUACACCAUGGACGGGGCGACCGUUCACUCGACCACGGUGAUAGAGACGGUAGGAGAGGAGAUCAUGGCGCCUUACAGCCCGUACCAUGGAUCCUACCAGGGCAGUCGGAACAGCCUGCUGCACACCCCGCCCUACCACGGCAGUCCCUACCUGGCUCGGCGGACGGACUCGUACCACGACAGCCCGCAGCACAGUCCGCACAGAGGCCGGCCCGGCAGCCCCUUCCGCCACACGCAGUUCCACGCCAGUCCCGUCAACGGUAGUCCCCGGCAAAGCCCUUACUCCCGCAGAACAGACAGUCUCUCCCAACCGUACAUAGAGCGGCGAGAUUCCGGACAGGCCGCACUGACUUCUAGUCCUGCCAGACACCCGACAAGCAGUCCGCACGUGGAUCGCCAGGUGAUCUACCAAGACAGUCCGCCGAGAUAUGGUGCCGUAGCAGCAUCGUGUCAGGAGAGCAACCAAAGAUUCGGCGACUACGUCCUGCGGCGGGACUGGGACGGGACGGCACGGGACAGUCCGCGGCCGGUGUCGUCAGGCUCCCCGGGGGAGGAGAACAAUUUACCGCCGCCGCCGUCUUACGAGAGCGUUAUCAACGAUGACUCUUAAUGAUUGUGUCUCCUUUUACUUAACAUCUCCGAUUAGCAAGGAAUCUUCCGUGGCCAGAACAAUAAACCCCGGGAAGCUUUGCUACCGCAUAGGUCACAUUUCAAACCGGGGCCCGGCCGUGCAGCUUUCGGGAGGGAAAAGAAUGAUACAAAAGCCAUCAAAAUACGCAAAUGUCAAUAUAUGAUUCAUAGGCAUAAGUUGUGUAUAUUUCUAAGUAUACAUUUCAAUUUUUCGUUUCGUUAAACAUCCCGACCGGGGUCCUGUUUGGAAAUGUGACCUAAGCCUAAACCGGGCUGAGGUUUCCACUUUUGUGGGCGUGGCCUCUAACCAGCUGUCAGCCAAUCGGAGAAUCCCCUUAAUGUUUUCUUUAGGUAAAACCUGAUUGGCUGGUUAAAGAACGUCCGCAAAAGUAGAAAUGUCAGCCAGGUCUAGCAGAGCCUCCUCGGAAUAUAUACUACAGGUUUAAAUAUGUUUCUCAGCAAAGGCAUGUAGUAACUGUGAGAGCAUGCAGUUCAUUGUUUUAUUAUGCACUGGUGGCAAUACUAACGUAUGAGACCAGGACGGAAAGGGGAAACAUUUUAUCCUUUAUAUGAGACGGAUCAGUCUUUCCUACACUCCGACAAUAACGCAUAGAAGACUACCAACUUUUACAUGCUUUUUUGCAUAACGUCUGACGUCUGACUGGGACAACAACGGAUCGAAGGGCAAGUUUCUGCCCGGAACUCCUUCCUUAAGAUUUUACUGACCAACUUGCGCGUCUUUCUCAACAAAAUGCUCCUGACUCUACAAGGUUCUUUCCCGAUCCUGCUGGUCUAUACCAUAGAUUUUGAUAGGACUUAUGCAUGUAUGCCCAUUUCGGCAGUACUUUGCUACCAUCAAUUACGACGACUCCCACAGAGAACUGCGAAGACCGUUACGUCUCCGCAGACUUGUAUUGGGACGAAAAAGCGCCACCAUGUGGUUACACACAUAUGCAAUCCCUCCUCUCAACCUCCUUAUCUUCUCACUGGACUGUUCCAAGCUGCGCCAGGGAAAUGCGCCGACUUUUGUGAAUUUGUGGCAAUUUUUCCUUGCAGUCACAAGUUGACGCGAGGGCAAAAUACAAAACGUCCGCGCCCAGAAUGUCACCGUUCUCAGAGUUUUGGCUCCAAAUCAGGUGCGAGAUAGCUAUUAUUAAAAACCAAGAUUCCUAAAAAAAGAUUGUAGUGCUUGUGAUGAUUUACAACACUUUGCGCCAUUUUCCAAGGUGUAAGUUUUGUGAGCAUUCAAAACAGAUAUUUCGCAAUUUCAGGCCACAAAUUGCGCCAGUUGCUGCCACUUUGUGAACACUUGGCCAAAUUUUGUGCAGUCCAGUGAGGUACCUGCUAUCAACAAGGACGUUAUAUAAGACACUCCCGCAUUGAUAGACAUAUAGUCCUAUAGUGGAUAUAAUCCAAGGGUGGGGUUAAUAAAUGAUGAUUUCAAGCCCGAAAGGCAAAGAAGAAAAUCAAAACACCAGCCUAUUGAACCACACGUUUGCUAGUCUCUACCAGACGGACUACGCUGGCUAUUAUAGGGAGAAUAAUUUACCAGGUGAGU